UUCCUGUCCAUUGUUAUCACUGUUAUCUGCCAAGACCUGGCCGUACUCGAUCGAUGACGGGAAGUUAAGGCGCUUCAUCUGGAGCGAGGAUAGUCGGGAAUCUCAAAAAACAGAAGAAAGAAAGUCAUACAGGUUUGGAACGACAUGAGGGAUUGAGUCCACUGACCCGGCAUGGGGGACAUGAAAACCCCCGAUUUCGAUGACCUGUUGGCAGCGUUUGACAUUCCUGACAUUGAUGCCAAAGAGGCUAUCCAGUCUGCACCGGAUGAGGUAGAGGGGCAUCAAGGAGCAGGCGGAGGAUCACUCAUAAAGUCUGGUGAUGCUUCGGUGGGUGGAAGUUCAGCCAUAAGAUCACCCAGCCCAUCCUCGGAUUCUCAGAGUGACCCUUCUAUUGUUAGUGUGAUUGUGAAGAACCGUGUUCGUCCUGAGCCCUUUGAUGGUGGUGACAACUCAGUACCAGACCCACUCAACCAUAAUGGAUUUGUGUCGUCUGGUGGGUCAGUACAUAUGUCGCAGGCCCGUUGCCAGCCGAAUGGGGAGCAGUGGCCCAUAUGCAGCUCAAAGACUAUUCCAGAGACCGCAGGAUCUGUCCUUGGAUCUUCCGGCAGUUCCAAACAGGGCAGUAACAUCUUUAAUAAACUGAAGCCUUUAAUGGCACAAGGUGCUGGAGACUCUGUCGGAAGGGCCCGGAAAAUGCAGCUUCUGCAACAGCAGCAUAUGCAGCAGGAGAUGAACAUAGAAGGUGCAGACAAGGCGAAAGCCCAUGCAGUUCCUAGUGGGGCAAGUGGAGCAGCAUCUCCUUUCUUUCCCCCACCUAAACCACUUCUUUCCACUCCCUCCACAGCUACAUCCUCCUCACCGUCAUCGUCCUCUCCUUCAGUUGGGUCCAGAGUUUCUGGGGCUGUGGCAUCAUCUCCGCUUGCUACAUCUCUAACAGAGCCAUUUAACGGAACACCACGUCUUAGUUCGUCUGCUUUCAGACGCGUAGAUUCAGAUGAAGAGGACUCAGAUCCUGAUUCUGGAGGAUCUUUAGUCAUCCACGAGAGUCCGGACUCGCCCACCCCUCCGAAACUGUCACGCAGGCUGAGGUCACCUCCAGAAAAUUCACAAUCUCCUUCUCUCCCUCCUUCGACGUCCAUAUCACCCAGCGCUUACCCCAAACCAGGUGACAUCCCCUUGGCUUCACCUGCUUCACCUCGAGCUCAACAGAACUGGCUUUCUUCACCAGUCCAGACAGGAACCGGAAAGAGUAUCCCCCAAGAGGAGCGAAACCCAGAGCAUGUGAUUGAAGAACGAGACUCGCCGGAGAGCCCUGAGCCUGAGAUGCCCAAGUCCUCCAUGCCAACGUCUGCAGUUACCAAAAGAUCAUGCAGCCCUGCGGUUGCAUCUUCAUCACCAUCUGCUGCCCUUCGAGAACCCAAGGAAGAAGAAGAGGAGAUGGAAGUAGACAAAGGAUCUACAGAGAAUGGAAAAGAUGUGGCUAAUGUGGAUGGUAAAGACGGUGGAAAAAGGGAUGGAGAAAAAAUGGAGGUAGAUACUGCGCAGUCCCUACCAGCAGACACUGGCUCAACACCAAGCACUGGUGGCAAAGCUGUAGCUGGCAGCAAUGUUCCUUCCAGACCACUGAAAGUCCGCAUCAAGACUAUUAAGACAUCUACAGGAGGCAUCACCCGCACAGUUACCCGAGUAGCAGGUAAGGGAGGUGCUGCCAAUGCAGGCAAAGAUGCAGGUAAAUCCCAAACGGGAAAUAGAGCCACCCCUGCGAAAGGCGCCAGAAAAAAUGACACCACUGCUGGUCAAGUGGUAAAAAGCUCAACCCUACCAGUAUCCACUCUAGAAGCCAGUAGUGCCAUGUUAGCAGCAGCCAGCAAGGUCCAAAACAAAAUGACAGUGCAAUCUGAUAAAAUGAAAGUUUCUGCCACAGCAGUAAGCAUCACAAAAGCCACCACUUUACCAGUCGCACCAGCUGUCGGUGGAAUAAGUGUGCGCCCUACAGUCGCUAAAACCGCCAAUGGAGGUACUGUGCCGUGUAAACCUGCGUCUAUCGUCAACAGCACCGGUGCUGUUAUUUCCCGUAGCCAGUCCAGCCUGGUUGAGGCUUUCAACAAGAUCCUGAAUAGCAAGAACCUGCUGCCCAGCUAUCGUCCGGACCUCUCGACCCCGCCACCCCCUGAAUGGGGUCUUCCUAUGCCUGCUGCUGGCUACCGAUGCUUGGAGUGCGGAGAUUCUUUUGCUUUGGAGCGCAGCCUGGCACGCCACUAUGACCGGCGCUCUUUGAGAAUAGAAGUGACAUGCAAUCACUGCGCAAAGCGGCUGGCUUUCUUCAAUAAGUGCAGCCUGCUGCUACAUGCUCGGGAACACAAGGAACGAGGCCUGGUCAUGCAGUGCUCACAUUUGGUUAUGAGACCAGUUACAGUGGAGCAGAUGAUUGGCCAGCAAGAUACUACUCCCAUUGGUAUGCUCUCUCCAUCGCUGUCCUCUCCACCUCUGACAUCCUCCAACACCCCAACAGGGACGACCACAAUACCGUCCACUUCCAGUCCACUGAAGGAUUCCCCCUCACCAGGCACGGCUUCAACCCAGCCCAGCCCUGCCCGCCGUGGACCCCAGAGUCCCCAAGCCCUGAUGCCGCUGCCCUGCAAGAAAGGAGAGGCCCUGCAAUAUCACAACUUCAAGUGUCCUGAAUGCCAAGCCCAAUUUUCAAGCAAGGCUGAAUUAGUGACCCAUUUCCAGCAAAUCAGAGCUACUCCUAACUCAACUUGUAUGCUUUGCUCUCCCCCCAUGAUGCUCCCUAACUGGUGUAGUGUGUCGGCCCAUCAGCGGAUCCAUAAGCACCGCGCACCCCAUGUGUGCCCAGAGUGUGGUGGCACUGCCCGUCAGGCCACGUUUCAAACCCAUCUGGAAGAGUCCUGCCUACACUUUGCCAGGCGCAUCGGCUACAGGUGCUCCAGUUGUCAAGUUGUGUUCGGAGGUUUGAAUUCCAUCAAGUCCCACAUUCAGACAGCUCACUGUGAGGUGUUUCAUAAGUGCCCCAAUUGCCCGAUGGCCUUCAAAUCUGCGCAGAGUGCCCAGGGGCACAUCACUUCCCAGCAUCCCGCCCUCACAGCUGCACAGGCUAAGAUGAUCUACAAGUGUGUCAUGUGUGACACUGUGUUCACCCAGAAACCUUUGCUCUACAUGCAUUUUGACACUCACCUGGCCAAACAGAAAGUGCAUGUGUUCAAAUGUCCAGACUGCACUAAACUUUAUGCCCAGAAAGGCUCCAUGAUGGAACACAUCAAGACUGCUCAUAGAGGCCUGUCUGUCAAAGCAGAGACUCCGCCCACCACCUCAUCUCCUGUCUCGGCUCCUGCCAACAACUCCACGUCUAAACCCAAACCAGCCGAAAACAAUUCAGAUGAGUUGAGCCAGGGACAGGGAGAGGAGGAAGAGGAGGGGGAAGAAGAGGAGGGAGAGCAGGAAGGGGAGGAGAGAGAAGAGGAAGAAGAGGAUGAGAAUGAGGAGGAAGAGCAGCCGAGUUCUCCAGAGAGCGGGAAUAUGGAGUGGAGGUGCAGGGAGUGCAAGAAACGCUUUGCAGAGAGAGAGGAUUACAUCGACCACAUGAAGAAUGACCACGGCACGUUAAUGAAGAAGUUCCCCUGCAGAUUGUGUGAGCGUUCGUUCAGUUCAGCCAACAGCCUUCGUCGACAUGUCAGAAUAAUACACGAGGGCGUCAAGAGAGUCUUCCACUGCCCACACUGCUCAGAGGGCAAGCGUACAUUCAGUAGUCGUCUGAUUUUAGAGAAGCACAUUCGGGUCAGACAUGGCAUUAGAGCGCGACAGACAACAGACAGACCGAGCGCUCCAAACACCAGAAAGCGUUCACUUCCAGGUGACGGGGCGGGCAGUUCAUCUGAGCUUGACAAUGAGGGCGGAGCUCCAGCUGCAGGGGGCGGCGCCGACACGGAUGACGUCACGGGGGAGGACGCCUCGGGUCCAGCGAAGAGAACUCGAGCGUCUGAAAACCGACCGGCCGAUCAAGAGGAAGACGACGGCACGUUCCGUUGCACACCUUGCGGCUUCACCACCCAGGAUUGGGAUGAGUUUCAGCGGCACAUUCCCGUCCACUGUGACGCGGAGAACGCGUCUCAGCAGUGCCUGCAAUGCGGAGCCUGCUUCGCCUCGGCCGGCUCUCUCAGCCGACACAAAUUCAUCACGCACCGCUUGCGCCAAGGUCAGCAUGAUGGUCGUGGUGGAAACGCAUCACCUGGCGCAUCUCCACAGGACGGAUCGCCGUCCUCACCUAAAGCGGGCGAGGAGGGGGAGGGAGGGGUGAGCUGCAGGGUGUGCGGCCGGCGCUUCGACAAAACCUCGGACCUUAACACACACUUCCGCACGCAUGGCAUGGCCUUCAUAACGGCACACAGGACCGACAAGCCCUAGUAGAAGGAGUGAGAUGGGAAAAAGCAAAGAAAGGAAAAGCCAUUGCAAAACAGGACACUGCUUUGAACUAGCCAAUAAGACGAGUUUAAAAUGAAUACAUAUAAUUUGGAAAAUUUAACCUGUCGUUAUAAUUGUAAUGUGAUCUGUCUUCCGAAAUACAAAGAUAUUAAAGCUAUUUCCCCCUUUCCUCCAAUCGAUCCCUGUUUGUAACAUCCUCAGCCUUUUAAAUAAAUUUACGCAAGGUCAAAUUGUAUCAGACAGGCAUUGUAUUGCUCAAAAACUACUUUACAUCUAGAGCAAUUCGGUGUUUGCUGAGCUGAGCGUCAAUCCACAAAAGCAUUAAAGCAAAAAGGGUGCUAGUGAAGGUUUUUUUUAACAAAUAAAGGAAAACACUGACUUUUAAAUGUAACAAUAUUGUACAGACAUUGUAGUACUGAUAUUUAUUUAUAUUGAAGCAUUCAUCAGUCUUUUGAUAAUCAUUGAGAAUGAAAAAGUUUCAUUUGUGCAAGGAGAACAGACAUAUAUAUGAGGUCAAAAAUGGAUUGUAAAGUUUAAUAGUCAAAAAAGGUCAAUAUAAGUAAACAUGGAUACAUUUCAAUCACAGAUACACUUGAGCACAUUUUAUGUGUGUAUAAAUGCAGUACAUCAGUUUGAAAUGGUUGUUGCAUUUGGAAAUGUGAAUAAGUUCGGUCUUUGUAUUUUUUUUUCUUUAGCUGAAAGGCGAAAUUGAAAUACUACUAGUGAAAGUUUGUGUUUGGGACCUGAUGUAAUUUUUACGACUUCAUCUGAUUGAAAUAUCGACACUGAGUUUGAAGGAUUGCUUGUGUGUUUUAUGGCAAAUUAUGUACAAAUAUGAAUGUUGUUUGUGUAUUUUUUUCUUUGAUAAGAGUUUUUUCUAUCAGAAAGUUCUGUGCUUGUCAAAACCACAUUUCUUAAAAAUAAUAUUGUGAUCGUGUGAAUCAUCUGUGUGAGUGUGACUUUCUAUCCCUCCAGUAAUAGAUGUAUACGUCCCAUACAUAGACAGUCUAUAGACAGCCAUCUUAUUCUGUGAUGACCUGCCUGUUUCACUGCCGUACAUCUGUGUCAGUUCUCUUUCUAAAUAAAACAGUAAAUUGGUACGGUA